AUGGUGUACAUGGCCAGCUUCCCGAAUUGCUUGGUUCUUACACUUGGCCUCGCUUAUUUGAGCGCGCCAGCUUUCGCAAUUGUUGGGGGUCAAGAGAUGACUGUUGCGAUCCUCACUGCAGCAUCAUGUGUUGAUCAGUCAUGUGCCUCUGCCCUGACAGUACAUUACGUGGGUGUGGACCGUACCAAAUUGCUGCAUUCCAACAGUGUGACCAGCAUUGUCCUGUCGCCUGAAUGGAACAGUGGCACAUUGGACAGCGAUUAUGCUGUCCUGCAAUGCCAUGAUGAGUUUGUUUCUAUCUCCGACAGUGGGGUUGCUGGUCAAGCAUUGCUUUCAACCUCUGCCGCCUCAACUCAUAACGGCACGGCAGCGAAGAUCAUGGGCUGGGGGAAAUCGUCGGGGUCAUCAAAUAAUAUGCCAACCGCUCUUCAUGAAGCCCAUAUGAUAAUUUGGGAUCAAGGAACUUGCAAGGCCCAAUGGAGUGAUAAACACAAGAUUACAGACAAUAUGGCUUGUGUUGCAUCGGAGGUCUCCUCGGCUUGCAAUGGCGAUAGUGGAGAUCCAGUAACAGAUGCUUCAGGCUUAUACCUUCUAGGGCUAUUGAGCCUUGGUGCUCCGGGGUGUCCACAAGAUUCGACUGUGUGA